AUGUUUCAUUGUAGCACAACCUCUCCAACAAAAACAAUUCCAACAGAAAUUAAUCGUAGAGCUAUAGAUGUUAUUCAAGAAAUUUUAAAUAAUUUACUAUAUCCAUCAGAAUUAGAAAAUUCUUUAAAUGGAUGGAAUUCUUUUUUAUUUUCUAUUUUUACUUUUAUUCUUCAAGAGGAAAAAGAAGAAAGAAAUUGUACUUUAGAAACUUGUAUUCAAAUUGGAAAUAUUUUUUUGAAUUUUGUGGAGCAAAACAAUUUCGAUUUAAUUGGAACUGGGUGGACAGAAUUAUUUGCUUCCUUGAAGUUACUCACUCAACGUCAACACAACAUAGACAUAUCCUUAUCUCCAAUAUCAACAAAUAUAUCAUUAAAAGAGGAAGAUAUAUCAAUACCUACACCACCAUUCCCAGCAUUAACCUCUAUAAUAAUUGAAAUUUGUAAUAAAUUUUUGUUUAAUCACACAAAAAGGCCCACAUUAUUUUUGUUAAUGUUUAAUGAAUUUUGUGAUUUGUUACUUUUUGCUUUGGAAGUUAAUGGAAGUUUUGCUUGGAAAGGUUAG